CGACAAGAAGCAGAACGUCAACACGCGCCGGCUUGUAGUUUAUAUUGAUCUUUUAAUUAACUGAAAGGUGUUUGUAAUAUUAGGAGAAAUUAGAUGCUCCAUAAGUGUUGUAUGUGUAUAAACUUACUAUGAUUUAAAGGCAUAACGCAUGCCACUAAAUAAUUCCGGCAAACUAAAUGCCAUUUUCAGUCUGCUUACCUUUUAUACAGUUGUUUGCCAUUCCGCGAAAUACGUUUUGUAAUUCACCAAAAACAUACUCUCGUUUGAAUGACACUUACGAUAAGAAGAAGAACAUCAACACGUGCCGCAUUGUUUUUUAAUUCGUUGAAAGGAUAUGGGUAAAAUUAAAAGAAAACCACAACCACCACCCAUUGAAGAGGAUUCAGAUAGUGACUCCAGCUUUGCGGAAGAGGAAAUGGAGGCAGAAGCAAAUGUUGAUGCACAAGAGCCAGUCACCGACAGCAGCGAUGACAGCGACAUGGAAAUGGACACUAAAAAGCCAAAGAAUAAUGUUGAAAAGGAAGAAGCUGCUGAUGAAAGUGCUGCAGAUGAAGGUGAGGAUGAAGAUGAGGACGACGAUGACGAUGAUGAGGAUGAAGAUAAUGCCGAUGAUGAUAAGAAGAAGGCGCGUCUGCCUGUGCUGAAUCCACUCAGCUUGAUGAAAAAUAAAGAACAGCGCACAGCUCUAUUCCGUAAAAUGAAAAAGGAGAAGCACAAGAAGAAGAUGCAGGAGCGUCGAGCCCGUCGUAAGGCGGGCCUACCAGCGAAUCCGGGGCACACCAUCGAAAGUCUGCGCGAGAAAGAUCAAACGGAGGUGAGCAAUCUCAACGAUUCAGAUAACGAGGAGUUGCGCAAAGAGCUGGAAAUCGAUGAUUUCAGCACAUAUUUCGAGAGGAUUUACGAGCCGAAGGUGCUCAUCACAUUCGCCGACAAUCCGGUGACGAAGACACGCAAAUUUGGCCUGGAACUCUCGCGUAUAUUUCCCAAUGCUCUCGUCAAAAUACGAAACAAGGCGUCGGUGAAAAAGAUCUGCAAAAGUGCGGAACGGGAACAGUUUACGGAUGUGGUCAUCAUCAAUGAGGAUCGACGCCAGCCAAAUGCGUUGCUCGUCAUCCACUUGCCCAACGGACCGACGGCACACUUUAAGCUCUCCAACGUGAAGCUGACGACGGACAUUAAGCGGGAUCACAAAGAGAUAACGAAGCAUCGACCGGAGGUGAUCUUAACCAAUUUUACGACACGCUUGGGUCUGACAGUGGGUCGCAUGCUGGGCGCCCUCUUCCAUCAUGAUCCCGAGUUUCGCGGCAGACGCGCAGCCACAUUUCACAAUCAGCGUGAUUAUAUAUUCUUUCGUCAUCAUCGCUACGAGUUCAACAAGGAGGGCAAACGGGUGAAGCUGCGGGAACUAGGCCCACGGUUCACGCUCAAGCUGCGUUCCCUGCAGGAGGGCACCUUCGACAGUAAGACGGGCGACUACGCAUGGAUCAUCAGCAACAAGCGCCAUGCCAUGGAGUCCAGACGUCGCUUCUUCCUCUAGUUUAAGGACUUGUAUGCCCUUGAUUUGCUAUUUAUAUUAAUAUAUGUAUAUUGUAUUUCGUGUGGGAAAUAAGUAUAUAAAUAAAAAGAUAAGGGAAUAUAUUAAAACAAAUAAUUCUGUAAAAUUAGAGAGUAACCACCAGAGAAAAACUACCAUCACUUCGAUCGGCGUUGAAUAAUUCAAAUUUAAAUUGAAUUGAAAUAUAUUAAUAUAUAUAUAUUGUAUUUCGUGUGAGAAAUAAGUAUAUAAUUAAAAAGUUCUGGCAUUAUA